UAUCCAAAUAGUACACACUCGAUAUACACAAACUCAAGAAUAUCAAAGACAGCGACGAUACUUAUAGAAAUUUAAUGGUUAUAGAGUUGUACAGGUCAACAUAAUCAUUUAUUCACAACAUUAUAAUGUCAACAGAAACCUUCGUCCUUCCAGGCGAUCAUAUCGCUCCAGAAUUGUUACCUUCUCACCCAAGUUUACCUUUGAAGCUCGGCCCAGGAUUAAGACAUAUUCCUCCAAAUACAAUUACUUCAACUGUGGCAGGGCAGUUACAGACAGACUCGAGGAAGAACGCGAUAUGGGUUGAAUUCAAUGCUGGCAGAGUACGAGAGCAGAUCACAACUCCUUGUACUUCAAGAACUAAUAUUUCCCAUAGUACAUUCCAACAGUAGGAGAUCUCGUAAUCGCUUCCAUUAAAAAGUCAGCAGGAGACGUUUAUUACGCAAACCUUAGCGAUUUCACAUCAGAUGCCAGUCUGCCAGUGCUCUCGUUCGAGGGAGCUACGAAGAAAACCCGACCGCAGCUUGAAAAAGGUUCAUUGGUCUAUGCACGAGUUACCCUUGCCAACAAACAUAUGGAUCCGGAACUAGAAUGUGUAUCAGCAUCAACUGGUAAAUCGGAAGGUUUGGGGCCUUUGGAAGGAGGGAUGCUUUUUGACGUUUCCCUCGGUAUGGCAAGACGAAUGAUGAUGUCUCGCCCAGCCGAUCAAGGUGGUUUGACGAUACUUGAGGAGUUAGGGGACGCAGGCGUUUCAUUUGAGAUUGCCGUAGGAAGGAAUGGAAAAGUUUGGGUGGAUAGUAAGUUGGUAAAGACUACCCUGGCCAUAGGAAAGGCCCUGAGAGAAACGGACGAAAAGUGUUUGUCACCAGAAGAUCAAAAGAAACUAGCUAAAAAGCUGGGACGCGACGCUUGAAAAACGAUACCCUAGGAUAGAAUAAUUACGCCAUUCAGGCUUUUCAAAAGCUGAAAUAAAAGCAUGACGGACGAUCUCGU